AGUCACACAAGUCCUCCCAAAGUUUGUUUUUUCUCCCCCGGUUUUUUUUUUUAAAUAUUCCAUCCGCCAGUUACAUCGUCAUCAUCAGUUUAUUUAGCAGUUCGUUUUCGUUACACUCAAUUUCGUUUAGCUGACAGUGUUCGUUUUUUUUAACGAAAGAAAUCGAAAACCCUGAUCGCCUGUUGUUGUGUCAUUUGUGUAUAGCCACAGGCGAUUCCGCGCAACGUAUUCCGCAGUUCUUUUGUUGUUUUUUUUUUGUUACUUGUGUUUUCUUACGUAAUGACACUAGACAAUCAGCUGAUUUGUACUGAUAAGAUGGCUGUCUCCGCCUCACCCCGCACGAGCACGACCAGUGGUAGCGGACUGAGUUUCAGCAUUUCCCGGCUUUUGGAGAAAGCUUCGAGCAGUGAUGAUGCGGCAGCGGCCGCAAUGGACCUCAAACCGGCCGUUAAAAAUCACAAAGCCGCCGACGUGUUGCUGAACCGGGAAAGCCCGCCAGAAUCGCCGCUGGAAGUGGACGACGACGGGGCGGCCGACGACAGUGACGACGACGAGGAUGUCAAAGUUCACGAUUCCGGCGAUGAAGAGUCGGCCGGCUCGCGGCCGGACGAUUCGAAAAUGCCCGACUAUUCUAGUCACCCGCCGCAUCCAUCCAUCCACGGUAUCGACUGGUACGCGCUCUACGCCUUGCAGCAGCAACAGCAACAACACCAACAUCACCAGGGAAUGAUUCCGUCGCAUCUCAUGCAACAUCAUCAACACAAUUCCGGCGCCGGAUUCGCAGCGAAUCGUGGAGGGCCUUCCGGAAUGCUGAGCGCCGGCUCGUAUCUCAGCUAUCCGUCAAGCGGUCCCGGCUCGAAUGGAACCAACAACGGAUCAGUUGGAGCACCUGCCGGACCUUAUCCUGGCCACCCUCCUCCGCACGGAUUAUCUUCCUCUUCUCAGCAUUCGCCAUUAUCUCCAGCCAGCCUCCAUCAUCAUCACAUGAACGGCGGACUCAAUCCGACCGGAAUUCCUAACGCCUUUGCCGCGCUACUGGAAGCCACCGUCUUUAAAGACAGACUCGCUGCAGGCUUUCCCUUGGCUCGACGUAUCGGACAUCCGUACCAACAGCGGACGCCGCCAAAGAGGAAAAAGCCCCGGACAUCAUUCACCCGUUUACAGGUGUGCGAAUUGGAGAAGCGGUUUCACAAGCAGAAAUACCUGGCGUCGGCCGAACGCGCCGCUCUCGCCAAACUGCUCAAGAUGACGGACGCUCAGGUGAAAACCUGGUUUCAAAAUCGACGCACCAAAUGGAGACGCCAAACGGCCGAAGAACGGGAAGCUGAACGCCAAGCGGCCAACCGAUUGAUGUUGUCCAUUCAAGCGGAAGCCAUGACAAAGACGCUUUAUCCAGUGACGUCAGUAGCGCCAUCACAACGAUCCUCAUCUUCAAUGCAACACGACGCGUCGCAAACAACGACAGGGGUUCAAUCCAAUCGGUCGGAUUUGCGGAUGAGUCCGACAGCCACGUCACUCAACGCCCUGCAAAGUUUGCAACCGUGGGCGGAAUCGACGUCGUCCGAAUCAGGAGGUAACAGAGCGGCCACAUCACCUGGCUAUCAUCAUCAUCAUCACUGAGAAAGAAAUUGCGCAGUUUAUUAUGAUGUCUCCCAUUCCCAUUUUGGGGUAUCGGGUGGGGAUGUUAAUUAAUUAUGAAAGAUGAGAAUGAUUAUGGAAUUUCAACGUUCACGCGCUUUACACCAUAAUGUCAACACUCUUUUCUUUCUUAAUUUACAAAAAAAAAGACACUUUCAUUUGUUUUCGUUUGUAUAUAAAUGUCGAUACGUUUUUUGUUUUUCUCCACCGUGUUAUUUGAGUGUACAUCCCCCUCUUUUUUUUUUAACGUGUGGGCGUUUUCCGAAAACACCUGGGGAGCUGUAGAGAGACCAAAAGCUUUUGUUUUUUUUUCAAAUCUCGUUUUUUAUUUCCAUUUUGAUUUUAUUUGUUCAUUUGAAAUGUUGUCAGCACAAGUUUCUCUCUCUCUCUCCCUUUCGCUCUGUUUGUGCGUGAUUUGUGACUCUCUUGUGUGUGUGUGUGUGUGUCUGUGAAUGUGCGUCUAUUUUCCCGCGACCUCAAUUAUCCAACACCUUAACCAAUAAUAACAAUCCGAAUAACAACAAUAAAAAGGAAAAAUUGUCAGCA